AUGGAGAUUGAUUCGGACGAAGAGCUUCUGCACCGGCUCGCGGCGGGCGGGACAAUGAAUUACGACCUCUGGCCUCGCCUGCUCGAGACUGUCAUUGCUCGCCUUCACGAGAUCGUCGAGAACGAGUAUCCCAUUCCCGUCAUCCCUCCGCCGCGGCGGACACAGUCAAAACUCCCCCAACCGACAUGGCCAAAUUGGUCCCACCACGAUGCUGCGAAUGGGGUCGGCGUGGCGUCGUCGUCCCGUGCGCCCGUGUCGAGUCCAAGCCGUGGAGUCGACGCCGGGGGUCGGCCGGACGUCGACAAAGAGAACAAUGACCCCGACUCAGCAGCGGGCCCGUCCACUGCGGCUAGUGAGAGCAGCAGCAGCAGCAAUGGCCCCUCCAGUAGCUCUGCAGCCGUUGCGGCACCUGCCGAAGGUGCAGAAAACGGCUCUUCUCGCAACGGGGUUGCAGCACCGGACGCCGUCCCUCGCAUUCCUAGGCCCGUCCUCGAACAAGUCGAUUACAUCAUUACCACCCUCAAGACCACCUUUCGCAAAUAUCCCCCGCACAGCAUUCAGCGCCUCGCCGAGCUGAUCAUCGCCCCGCGCCAGCACUACCGCUACCUCGCCCCCUACCUACACGCCGUCGACCGCGUCGUCAGUGUGACGAGCGGCAGCAACGCCUUCCCACUGCCGCCCGCCGUGCCCGAGCCCGAAGCCAUGGAGGCCCUCCAGGCCGCCGUCAUCCCAUCGGCACCAGCAGACCCCGAGGACGAAGACAUGGACGGGGGCGGUCUGGCCCUCGCCGCCAACCCGGCCAGCGACGACCCGCUCGGCGCCCUGCUUACACCCAUUCCCUGGCUUCGCCAGCGGCCGCCCAGCGGCGCGGGCACCAUGACCGACGACGACGGCUCGAGCCCGCCGAGCUCCUCCGACGGCAGCGACAUGGCGUUCAGUGCCACCAGCAGCACGGCCGGGUCCGUGCACGGCGGCGGGGCGAACGCGUCUCGCGCCCCCGCGUCGCUGCUCCAGCAGCAGCAGCAGCAGCAGCAGCAGCAGGCACAGUCGCCUGUAUCUCUGCAGGGCCACCCGCCGCAGCACCGGAUGGAAGUGCGGACCGAGGCGACCGAGACGAUUGACGGGCCCAACGGUGUGGGCAGCAUCGAGACCGUAAGCGUUUCGAUCAACGGCAUACCCAGCCACGGCGCCAUGAUGGCGGCGGUGCAGCGCCAGCAGCAGCGGGGCAUCACGCAGGGCGAGCUGCUGCGGCAAGAGCAGACGGCCGGUGUUGUCCCUGUCAGCCAGCUGGCCCGGGUUGCGGCCGCACGAGCAGCGGCAGCGAGCGGUAUGCCUGGGUUUGGCGACCGUUUCCGUCCCGGCGCACACGACAACGAUGACGAGGACGACGAGGACGACGAAAACGACGACAUGGACGAGGAUGAUGACGACGACAUGGCGCGCCAUGCACACGGCGGGCGCCCAGGUGUUACUGCGCCGACCGGCAGUAGCCGGGACGCCCACGCCCGGCCAAAAGCGCAUGAAGACACGGACAUGGGUGGGACUGAAUCGGAAAAGCCGGCCGCGUCGGCUCGGGAGGGCAAGCCGACAAAGCAGGACAAAGGAAAAGGCCCGGCAGGAAAGCACAACGACGACGACAACAAGAACGAGGACAAGGACGACGAUGAAGAGAUCCCGCACGCUCGUGGUCCGCAAGAGAUUGGCGCAGCCGAUAUGGGCCCACAGCGCCCCUCCAGCCGGCUUUCGACAGCGGCCGCCGGCGGCAGCAAUGGCAAGGGCAGUGCCGGCCUAUUGAUUGGCAGCGCUGCCGACGCUAGCCAGAUGGACAUGCGCGACAUUGACGUCGAGGCUGCGGUUGGCCGCAAGGCGUCGGCGCUGCCACCCGGUACAGUGGCGGCACCCGUGGUCCCCUUCUCAAGCCGAGAAAGCGUUCGUGAGAGCGCUGGCGAGGCAGAGUCGGAUGCGGCUGGAGCGCCGAGAGCCACAACACCGUCUGCCCGGUCUACGACACCAAAGCGGGAGGCAGAGAACGAGCUACAGUCCGACGGCCCCGUCAAGAAGCGAAAGGAGGACCACGGCGAAGGCAGUGCAGUGAAUGGCUCUACAGCGGCACCAGCAGCAGCCAUUGUAAGCAGUGCCGUGACUGUGGCGGAGUCCAAAAAGACCGGUGGCCAAGAAUCAGAGACCAAGUCUGCAGAGGCCACCGCUGAUCACCCGGCUGAUCCGUCAUCGGAGAAGGGAGGUGACGCAUAG